UCCAUUUCUCGAAAUUCCAUCAUGAAAUUUCAGAUAGUUUGGAGUUUAAUUUGCAUAUACAUAUUUUUUCUACUGAUCUUGAGCAGUCCGGCUAAAGUGAGAGCUGGUGACAUAGUUCAUGAUGAUAAUUCGGCUCCCAAAAAGCCCGGCUGCGAGAAUGAUUUUGUGCUGGUAAAAGUUCAAACUUGGGUUGAUGGCAUAGAGGAUGAGGAAUUUGUUGGUGUGGGUGCUAGAUUUGGCACUACCAUAGUAUCGAAGGAGAAAAAUGCGAACCAAACACAUCUUACUCUCUCGGAUCCUCGGGAUUGUUGCAGUUCUCCUAAGAAAAAGUUUGUAGGAGAUGUCAUCAUGGUGGAUCGAGGCAACUGCAAAUUUACAGCGAAGGCAAAUUUUGCAGAAGCUGCUGGUGCUUCAGCUGUCCUCAUUAUAAAUAACCAGAAAGAACUUUACAAAAUGGUUUGUGAGCCUGAUGAAACAGAUCUAGACAUACACAUACCUGCUGUCAUGCUUCCCCAAGAUGCAGGUGCGACAUUGGAGAAAAUGUUGUCAAAUGGUUCAUCAGUUUCUGUGCAGCUUUACUCUCCACGUAGACCAGUUGUUGAUAUAGCAGAAGUAUUUUUAUGGCUGAUGGCAGUGGGUACCAUCCUAUGUGCAUCUUAUUGGUCUGCAUGGAGCGCCAGAGAGGCAGCCAUAGAGCAAGAUAAGUUGUUAAAGGAUGCUUCUGAUGAAAUUCCAAAUACUAAAAGUCAUGCUGGAGGAAGCAAUGUGGUGGAUAUCAAUACGAUCUCUGCAGUCUUAUUCGUCGUUGUUGCAUCAUGCUUCUUAAUUUUACUCUACAAAUUAAUGUCGUUCUGGUUCAUUGAACUCUUGGUGGUUCUCUUUUGUAUUGGUGGUGUAGAGGGCUUGCAGACUUGUUUAGUUGCAUUGCUUUCAAGAUGGUUCAAGCGUGUGGGAGAAUCAUUCAUCAAAGUACCUAUCUUUGGAGCUGUCUCGUACCUUACUUUGGCGGUUUCUCCAUUCUGCAUAGCUUUUGCUGUGGUUUGGGCUGUGUACCGAAAUGUCUCUUUUGCAUGGAUAGGUCAAGAUAUUCUUGGAAUUGCGCUGAUAAUUACCGUUCUUCAGAUAGUGCGAAUCCCUAAUCUCAAGGUGGGUACUGUCCUUUUAAGUUGUGCUUUCAUGUAUGAUAUCUUUUGGGUGUUCGUUUCCAAGAAAUUGUUCCACGAAAGCGUGAUGAUAGUGGUAGCUCGUGGUGAUAGAAGUGGUGAGGAUGGUAUACCGAUGCUUCUGAAAAUUCCGCGCUUGUUUGAUCCAUGGGGUGGCUACAGUAUCAUAGGUUUCGGUGAUAUCCUCUUGCCUGGGCUUCUGGUAGCAUUUUCACUUAGGUAUGAUUGGCUAGCAAACAAGAGUCUACGUGCAGGAUACUUCUUGUGGGCAAUGUUUGCCUAUGGAUUAGGUCUUCUUAUUACAUACAUAGCGUUGAAUUUGAUGGAUGGCCAUGGCCAACCAGCGCUGCUUUACAUUGUCCCUUUUACACUUGGAACAUUUUUGGCACUAGGAAAAAAACGAGGCGAUCUGAAGAUUUUGUGGACGAGAGGGGAACCGGAAAGGGUCUGUCCGCAUGUUCGUCUUGAAUCUACUCAAGAAUCACUUUGAUAAGAUGAGGAAAUUUCGUUGUGUAAUCAUGUAAUCCUAGUGAUAGCAUUAUGAUAAUGUGAAAAUCAGCAGUAUAUAGUCUUGGCAAGGCUUGUUAGUGUGAUUUGAAAUGUUCUUAAUGGUAUGUUUGGUAGGAUGGUUCAAAUAGCAAUAAGAAAUUUUAUUGUCCACUACCACAGACCAAACAUGCCCUUUAAUGUAAUGCAGAUUUAAUGAGUAGCAGAGCAAAUGUGCACUCUUUGGCAAGUAUGAUGUAUGUUUAUCCAAUCAGAACAUAGAAUGUUACGUGCAGCAGUUGAUAUUC